AUGGGGGAGAGAAGAUGGAUUUAUGCGAUUUUUAUCAAUGUUGGGGGAACUAUUUUCCAGACAAGAAUGUCAACUUUGAAAAAGAUUCCCGACUCUCGUCUUGGAAGUCUGUCACCUGCUUCGCCCGAGUACAAUGCGGAAACUGACGAAUAUUUCUUUGACCACAGUCCUGUUCUGUUCAGUGAAAUCCUCGAUCUGUACCGUACAGGCGAGCUACAUAUUCCCUCUAAUUGCUGUGGUGCUGUUGUACAAAAAGAACUGGAGUACUGGAAGAUUCCAAAAUCUCUGAUUUCUGAAUGUUGUAUUCAUUCUUACCAUCGCUAUGUUCAUGACCAGUAUACUAUACAGUCAAUUAGGGAAUCAUUUGAGGAGAAUAUUCUUGAUUAUGAUCCAAGAGAGUACAGGAAAAAUAAAUACAAACAAUUGUUAAGAACAAUCUGGAUAACCCUUGAUCAACCCAAGUCCUCAAUAUGUGCCAAGAUAUUUAACACCUUGUACCUGGUUUUGGUCAUGUUGUCGGUGUUAGUAUUUCUCCUGUCAUAUCAGCCAUACUGUCGAACACAGAUAAUGACAUUCAACAGACUAGUCUUUCUAAAGAACUAUUCCGACAUUGCGUUAUUCAACUCAGUGAAUUUAGACAACACCAAGCAAGUCAUGUUCUUAACCACGGAGGUCCACCCAGUGCUGGACAACAUCGAUCUUUUUUGCAUUUCUUUCUUUACUUUGGAGCUCCUUGCCCAUUUCCUUACUUGUCCACGGAAGUUAAGAUUCUUCACGUAUGUUCUCAAUGUUUUAGAUGUGUAUCUUGUUGUCGCCAUGUGGACAACGUUUGCCAUUGAAACAAAGAUGGAGGAUUAUUUGGAUGAUGAGAGAAUGAUAAACUUUUAUUCUGUAUUAAAAGCAUCGUUAGUUCUACGUUUGUUAAGAUUUUUCAGACUUAUGAAACAAUUCAGUGCUUUAAAAAUUCUGUUCAUGUCUCUGAAAGCGAGUAUAAAGGAAUUAUUUCUUUUAUUCAUUACAUUUUUGUUGGCUUCUGUUCUCUUUGCCAGUUUCAUGUAUUUUGCUGAAUUCGAUAAACAAGAUGUCUUCCCCACCAUCUUUGAAAGUAUGUGGUGGGCCAUCAUCACCAUGACAACGGUCGGCUAUGGAGACAUGUACCCGACAUCCUUUGCGGGAAAACUUGUUGGUAUUGCCUGCGCAGCUGCAGGAAUAGUCAUUAUAGCAAUGCCAAUUGCAGUCGUCGCUGCUAAUUUUAGUGAGUACUAUCUGAAAAACAGUGAAAGGAGACUUCGGGGACAAUUAAUGAAGAAUAAAAAGAAGAAACAGUCCUGUUGUAGCUGGGGCGAAUCUCCCAAAGUCGACAGCUAUACUUCCGGUCCCCCAUCGCCAACAAAUCGAGUCAAAAGACAAAACUCUAAACUGACUGGAAUAACAACUCAGUCCUCAAAAACAAAUGAUUCUCCGAAAAAACAAAAAGGAAAAAAGGGGAAAAAGUUUUCCAAUGGACUUCAGAAGUCAGAAACCCCAUCGUCUGCGAUUUCACGAAAGACAGAUGUAAAUGAAAAACAUAAUGGUAUAUGGUAUGAUGUGCCAGAUUUACCCGUUUAAAUUCAUUGUUCAUGUCCAUUUUGUUCUAACAUUUCAUUCCUGGAAAGUUUCUAGUUACUGAUACACAUACAUUAGGGACACUCGGCUUGUUGAAGUUCCUAAGUACCCUGCUAGAGGAGAAGAAGGAAAUAUAAAAGUUACAUCAGAUAUAUACAUGUAC